UUGCUGUCAGCAUGUAUAAAAGUACUUGUAAACCUAAAUCUGAUGCUCAUCAUUUCAUAUAUUUCUCACCAAGCUAAUCAAUCAGUAAUGAGAAGAAAAGGAAGGCAGGGUGGGAAAAAAGAAAAGUAAAAAAAAAAAGAAAAGAAAAGAAAACAAAGAUGUGUCAUUUGGAACCAGAUUCAUUUGAAACUGAUUCCCCUCUCUGGCUGUACUUUGUCCUGCUUGGUUUUCGUGGUUCCAAGGCAGAUAGAGUCACAAGUGCUUUCCAACUUUUGGCCAUUCAGAUUCCUUCACUAGCUUCAACCCUAUCUCUCACCAUUUAUAAGCACACCACUCUCACCAUUUUCCUUCACAAGCUGUUCCUAAACCUUUCUCUUCUCAGUCAUCUUCAGUUCUGAAACGAUAUCUAUAUAUAUAUAUAUAUAUUAGUUACGGCUUCAAGCUCUCUCAGCAAAAAGAUGGCCUCUGAUUCCUCUUGGACACCUAAACAGAACAAGCUGUUUGAAAAGGCUCUUGCAAAAUAUGACAAGGACACUCCUGAUCGAUGGCACAAUGUGGCUAAAGCUGUUGGUGGCAAAUCUGCUGAGGAAGUUAAGAGACACUAUGAAAUCCUCUUGGAGGAUCUUAGACACAUUGAGUCUGGUAGUGUUCCCAUCCCCAACUACAAAUCCACCGGCGCCAAUGUUGACGAAGAAAAGAGGCUUCUGAAGUAUCUUCAGCUUAAUUGAAGGGAGCUGAAUCAGUGCCUGCGUGAUCGAUCAUCUGCUUCUGACAGCAUAUAUAUAUAGAUGCUAUUGGAUGACGACGACUCUGUGUUAUAUAUUUAUACAUAUCCGUGUAUCCCCUAUUGCUGUGUGUCUCUUCUCCUCUCCUUUCUUGUCAUUGUCAUUGAGAUCAUUGUAAUCAAUUAGUGUAUUCUCAUAUUCCUUAGUUAUGAGUAACGAUGCCAGAAACCAGAGGGAGAAAAAGAAAAGUUUGUAGGGCGUGAGAAAACUGAAAAGCUAAAAGCUAUCGGAUAAUAUUCUUGGAACGGGAUUUCAAUAUCGUUGACAAACUUUCUGGUGUGAAAGCUUUUCCGACUCGAAACAUAGACCACAUACACACGGCAUAUGUGAAAGUUUAGUGACGCUAGUCCAAUAAAAACUUUAACAUUGUGAAUUUAUGGGACUAGGGUCCAAAUUAAUCAUUGAACACCAAAUUUUUUUUAUUGUCAGAGGACAAGAGGAUGCAUUUAAGUGUACUUGGCGCUACCAAAUUUUAAUACAAAACGGUACAGC